UUUCCCUCUCUCUCGCUCGGUCGCUCUUCGCUCCGAACUUCUAUUAUUCUAUAGUUGUUGAUAUUGCUGGGAGUAGUUAUUUCACUGAGUCAAAUCAUUUAAAAGGUUUUUUUGGUAGAGAAAAAAACCCUUGUUAGUUCUACUUCUACCCCUUCAAUUCUUUAAAUCUUACAUAUGUGGAUUAAUACCUAAUAUAUCUCGUCUAGGGUUUUAGUGUUUUUGAAAUGAGCUUACUGUUCAGAAGAAGACCUUCAAAUCUCAUCUUGAAUCGGAACCUCUUUGCAUCAGUUUCUCUCGCUCAUGCUUCACCCACACCAUCCAAUGAUUCUUCUCAGACCCCUCAAACCGCAUGGAUUCAACAGACAAAAACAGUUCAGCUUUCAAGCCCUAGGGUUCAAAAAAGCUUCUUCUCGACGCAGUCCAGCAAAUUCCCCGAGUACGAGAUGCCGUCAGUGACUUGGGGUGUGAUUCAAGGACGAAAGGAGAAGCUUGUCUCUCGCGUCAUAAUCUGCGACUAUUUGAAGAGCUUGGGAAUAAUUCCGGAUGAAUUGGAACAUCUGGAGCUACCGUCGACGGUCGAGGUCAUGAAAGAGAGAGUGGAGUUCCUUCAAAAACUUGGGUUAACGAUUGACGACAUGAACGAGUACCCGUUAAUGUUAGGAUGUAGUGUUCGGAAGAAUCUGAUCCCUGUUUUGGGUUAUUUGGAGAAAGUUGGAAUUCCGAGAUCGAAGCUCGGGGAAUUCGUGAAGAAUUAUCCGCAGGUGCUUCAUGCUAGUGUGGUCGUUGAGCUUGUUCCUGUGGUGAAGUUCCUUCGGGGUCUAGAUGUCGAAAGGGAGGAUAUUGGUUAUGUGUUGCAGAAGUAUCCUGAGCUUCUGGGCUUUAAGCUGGAAGGUACGAUGAGCACCUCAGUCGCUUAUCUUGUCAGCAUUGGAGUCAACCCGAGAGAUAUUGGGCCAAUGGUAACUCAGUACCCUUACUUCCUGGGAAUGAGAGUGGGGACGAUGAUUAAGCCCAUUGUUGAUUACUUGGUCUCCUUGGGGCUUCCGAAGAAGAUCUUGGCUCGGAUGUUUGAAAAACGAGCAUACAUCCUCGGCUAUGACUUGGAAGAAACCAUGAAACCAAAUGUAGACUGCUUGGUUAGUUUUGGAAUUCGAAGGGACACACUUGCUUCAGUUAUUGCUCAGUAUCCUCAGAUACUCGGGCUUCCAUUGAAGGCUAAGUUGUCUUCCCAGCAAUACUUCUUUAACCUAAAGCUCAAGAUUGACCCUGAUGAAUUCGCACGCGUAAUAGAGAAGAUGCCUCAAAUUGUUAGCCUUAACCAAAGUGUCAUAUUGAAAUCCAUUGAAUUCCUACGUGGGCGGGGUAUACCAGCUGACGAUGUGGCAAAGAUGGUUGUAAAGUGCCCCCAACUUGUUGCUCUGCGAGUUGAGUUAAUGAAGAACAGUUAUUACUUCUUUAAGAGUGAAAUGAAGCGACCUCUGCAAGAGCUUGUGGAGUUCCCAGAGUACUUUACAUACAGCUUGGAGUCAAGGAUCAAACCAAGGUAUCAGAAGUUAUCAAGCAAGGGGAUUAGGUGUAGUUUGGCUUGGUUUCUUAACUGUAGUGACCAGAGGUUUGAAGAGAGGCUGCAGGCAGAUUAUAUUGAAACAGAGAGUAUGGGACCAUCAUUUUGUAUGGGUGGUAAAUUAGAGAUGCCAGGGAGUGAUAUUGUAUCAGAAGAAGAAGAUGAGAGUGAUGAUGAAAUACUCUAUAGACGGACUGUAUCUCUUUAGUGAGGUUUAUUUCAUCUCCCUAACAGGAUUAAUAUUAAAUUCCAUACAUCAAGAUGAUGUGAUUAUCUGUGUUCA